GUAAUUAUUAAUAAAUGGAAAGUUCAUCGCAAAAGCAACAGCAAAGAAUCAGGGUUAGAGAUCUUGAGAAAAGGAUUCAUGAAGAAAGUAAAGAAUUAGACAAUGCAGUGAGAAAUAGUCUUUAUUUUAACACUUAUCUACAAGAAAUUAAAAUCAAGAAAUCAGAUGGAGAUUCUACUGCUGAUAGCAGAGGACCAGCUAUUCGUAUUGAAUUGUAUUCUCAAAGUGAUUCUAACUUUGCUUAUCAUGCACCAUCUAAAUUCUUCAAAGCAGAUGUUUUUGCUUUGGAAAUAACAAAAAAACAAAGCCAGUCCACCCAUAAUUUGCUUGCUUCAAAACUUCCAGAGAAAAUUAAUAAAUUUUCUCUGAAUAUUCAGAAUGUAUUUAUCUUAAAUAACUCACUUUAUUUUAAAGAAGUUAUUAGAAUCAGCCACAAAAUCUUAAAGCUGAUAGAAAUCUUUGGAUUCAGAAUCACCCCUCCAAAGUUGAGAAGAUUCUUCAGUUCUUUCAGUCAUGUAGAGACUAUCAGUCUCUAUUAUUGUAAAUUACCAAUUGCAGAUGCUACUGAUUUCUCAGGAUUACUAGUGAAUACCAACAUUUGGAGAUUAAUUCUAAGCUCAAUAUUCUUCGUAGAUCUCAAUGGGUCAGAGAGUAACCCAAAAGGCUUUGCUACUUUGAUUAAAGGACUAGCUACUUCUUCAGACCUAAAAUCAAAUUUACAAGAAAUGUUUAUUAAUACAAAUAAGUUAACCCAUGAUGAAGUAAGAACAAUCCUUGACUCAAACGGGUUUGACAAAGUUACACUUCUAGAAUAAUCCUAUUCAAUAAUAUAACACCAA